AGUAAAAGUUUGUGAAAAUUGAUGAUGUCGAACGUAGCUGAUGUACAGCAUGAAGGAGAGGUUUUGUUCAGUAGAAAAAGGACUGAUGAGGAGGAUGGGAGUGAUAUUUGGGAUGAUACAGCCUUGAUAAAAGCCUAUGAUAAUGCAGUAAGCAAAGUAAAAGCUGGUCUACUAAAUGAGUUGGAGACAAAGAAUGGCCAAGAAGAAAAAGAGUCCGAUGAUCAGAUUCAGAAGGCAAGCAAGAAGAAGCAGAAAAAAAGGAAGCGUGCAAGAAAGAAUAAAGGAAAGUGGAAAGUUGGGAUGCAAUGUCGUGCGGUAUUUUCGGAGGACGGACUAGUCUAUGAUGCAAGUAUUCUCUCCAUAAAUGAGGAUGAUGGUACAUGUCUGGUCAGUUAUGAUAGUUAUGGAAAUGAAGAGGAGCACAAUCUCAGCGAUUUACGGCGAGUUCGGAAAAGAAAGAGAACCAAUCAUUCAGGUGAUGGGCAUUCUGAGAAUGAGAGCACUGGUGAAAGUGGCCAAAAAUUCCACUCAAUGUCCUCAGGAGCAUCGAGAUCACAACAGUGGCGCGACAGCAGUGCCAUGCCACCACCUCCACCCCCUAUGUCACAGAGCUUUGGAAAUACACAGCGUAUCCCUUUCAUUCCACCACCACCACCACCACCAAUUAGUGAUGACCCAUGUGACAUAGAUAAUGAGGCUAUGUGCAGCAUGCUGAUGGCUUGGUAUAUGAGUGGCUACCACACUGGAUAUUAUCAGGGAUUAAAAGAUGGUAGGAGACAAGGCGCUAAUGGGCAAUCGCCGCUAAGACCAGUUCUGAGGUAGCAUGACAGCUAACAACCAAAUGUGAAGAACAAUAAGACAUACAUGUACACUACAUUAAAUUCUAGGUGACAUCAGUCAUAAUUGUUUCAUUCUUGGAAGGAGGACUUAUACAUUUCGUUGCUCUUAACCAGGUGGAUUGUUCACAUGAUUCAUUAUCAAAAUUGAAGGAUGACACAACAUCGUAACUUGGAUCACUCCAUUUGUGCAAACAGACCAAUCAAAGUGCCAAGGUGACCAAGAUUAUCAUUGCACUUAGAAUAGCUAGCUUCAGUGCUAGCUUCAGUGCAAUACCUUAUGAGCCACAAGUUAGUUGGCAGCAUUCCAGGCUAUGUGUACAUGUAGGUUAACAAAGGCAAGCUGAGGACUAGUGUGUGGAUAUGUAAUCAAGAAAAACUUUAAUUUCACAAUCUCUUCUAUUCAGUAAGUUUUAAAAGCAUUUGUAGUUGCUCAUGUGAAAUUACUUGUACCAGUAUUCAUUUGUGAAUAAAA